GCUACGAAGAGAUUUUUUAAUGCAAUGAAUGGGGAGUAGUUCCUUGAGCACCCUUUUAUUCACCUCUUCUUUCCUCUUGGCUGCCUGACUGCCCUCACCCCAACCUGGAUGCCUGGAAAAGGCGCGAUUGCUUCUCUUCUGCCCAGGACCAGUCGUUAAGAUCUGAUGUCUUUUUUUAGCCACACACACCCACAAUAAGUGUUCUUGAUGUUCUUGCAUCCACUAGUUCCUCUGGACAGUUCUUGUCAUAGCCCCAUUUCUCAGACAAAGGCUUAGGAGGGAAAAAGAACCAAACUGUUCCUGUGUUUGCCAUUUUAAGGCUGUCCAUCCCCACACACCCAAUUCCUAUUCCUGAUGCUUCUCGUGCCAGUGCCUUGAACCUUCAGAAUGAGAAAAAAAAAUCUCCUAGGGAGCUUGAUACAGUUUCUUUAUAAAUCUGCAUUGUUGCUUCUGGUUUAUGGCCACGAAGAAAAUACCAGCCCCCACCCAAAAUGCACCGCAGCCAAGUCGGCUAAAGGCUAUGAGUGUUGGAGUCAGUAGGGGGCGCAUUCUCUGCACUGGGUAAGGCUGCAGAGGGGGGAAGGGCCCCAGAGCUAGAACAGGAUGUGCUUCACAGCGCCUUCUACAGACCAUGGGAAAAUGGGCCCAGCAAGACACACUGCACUCUUAGUUGGUGAGCUGACAGCAACAUGGCGAGGGAUUGAGUCAAGAGCAGUGAUUUUUAUAUCUUUUAAAGAAUCCACCCUGCAUUUUAGAAGUUCUGUCUUUUUACUUUUCAGAACUGUUGACCCUCAAACAAUCUGCUUUAGUUCUUGACGAAUCACCUUGGCACAUCCUUGGUACACAGAUUUCCCCUUGUCUGGAAUUCUGGAAUUCUUCCACCUUAAACUUUGUGUCACUAUAUCUUUCCAAGGUCAGAUGGUAAAGGGGAAAGCUUAAAACCUAAGAGUAACUGGUUUGGGGUAUUGCUGAUUACCUCCCUUCUUCAUGUCCCAAAUCUUUCCAACUCAUUGAGAGUUAAUCAUUCUGGAGGUAUGGUAGAUGUUAGUGGGGUAGUAGUUUUUAUAAGCAUGUGGAUGGGUGUCAUGAUUUGCAAAGCCUUGUUGGUAAACAUCAAGCCCAUGUUGAGUUCUCCAUUAUCAAGCUCAACAGUUGAUUGUAAAAUUUUGUUUCCGUCCAACCUUGGAAUUGUGAUUGCCAUUCAUUAUCUUAGCCAACCACCUUUGCAAAAAUGAUGACACCAGUCUUCUGUGAACACUCACCUUCUUAGGGUGUGUUGAUUUCCAUAGAUUUUACUCCUCUUGUUAUUUCCAUAGGUGUGAGAUGCACAAUGCGAAACCUAGGCCCCAGCUUUUGCACCAUGAUGCACAGGGUUGUACUUUUUGUACUGAACUGAUAGGUGGCCUAGUGGUUAUGCCCUGUACUACCAUUUUGAGGAUCUGGACUGCAUUAUCAAUUCAUACCGAAACUAUGUUCCAACUUCCUGUCAACAAUCUUGGCAGUUUAAGAAAAGCCCGGAAAACUGUGAAAAAAAUACUUAGUGACAUUGGGUUGGAAUACUGUAAAGAACACAUAGAAGACUUUAAACAGUUUGAACCUAAUGACUUUUAUUUGAAAAACACUACGUGGGAGGAUGUAGGACUAUGGGACCCUUCACUCACAAAAAGUCAGGACUAUCGGACAAAACCUUUUUGCUGCAGCGCUUGUCCAUUUUCUUCAAAAUUCUUCUCUGCCUACAAAAGUCAUUUCCGGAAUGUGCAUAGUGAAGACUUUGAAAAUAGGAUUCUCCUUAAUUGCCCCUACUGUACCUUCAAUGCAGACAAAAAGACUUUGGAAACACACAUUAAAAUAUUUCAUGCUCCAAACGCCAGCGCACCAAGUAGCAGCCUCAGCACUUUCAAAGAUAAAAGCAAAAAUGAUGGCCUUAAACCUAAGCAGGCUGACAGUGUGGAGCAAGCUGUUUAUUACUGUAAGAAGUGCACUUACCGAGAUCCUCUUUAUGAAAUAGUUAGGAAGCACAUUUACAGGGAACAUUUUCAGCAUGUGGCAGCACCUUACAUAGCAAAGGCAGGCGAAAAAUCACUCAAUGGUGCUGUCCCUUUGGGCUCAAAUGCCCGGGAAGAGGGUAGUAUUCACUGCAAGCGAUGCCUUUUCAUGCCAAAGUCCUAUGAAGCUUUGGUACAACAUGUCAUCGAGGACCAUGAACGCAUAGGCUAUCAGGUCACUGCCAUGAUUGGGCACACAAACGUGGUAGUUCCCCGAUCCAAACCUCUAAUGCUAAUUGCUCCCAAACCUCAAGAGAAGAAGGGCAUGGGACUCCAGUCAAGAAUUGGUGCCCUUGCUUCUGGAAACGUCCGGUCUUUGCCUUCACAGCAGAUGGUGAAUCGACUCUCAAUACCAAAGCCUAACUUAAAUUCUACAGGAGUCAACGUGAUGUCCAAUGUUCACCUACAGCAGAACAAUUACGGAGUCAAAUCUGUAGGCCAGGGCUAUGGCGUUGGUCAGUCAAUGAGACUGGGUCUAGGUGGCAACGCACCAGUUUCCAUCCCUCAGCAGUCUCAGUCUGUGAAGCAGCUACUUCCAAGUGGAAAUGGAAGAUCUUACGGGCUUGGGUCAGAGCAGAGGUCCCAGGCACCAGCACGGUACUCUCUGCAGUCUGCUAAUGCCUCCUCUCUCUCAUCAGGCCAGUUAAAGUCUCCUUCCCUGUCCCAGUCACAGGCAUCCAGAGUAUUAGGUCAGUCCAGUUCCAAACCUACUGCAGCUGCCACAGGCCCUCCCCCAACCAAUACUUCCUCAACCCAAAAGUGGAAAAUAUGUACAAUCUGUAAUGAGCUUUUUCCUGAAAAUGUCUAUAGUGUGCACUUCGAAAAAGAACAUAAAGCUGAGAAAGUCCCAGCAGUAGCCAACUACAUUAUGAAAAUACACAAUUUUACUAGCAAAUGCCUCUACUGUAAUCGCUACUUGCCCACAGAUACCCUGCUCAACCAUAUGUUAAUUCAUGGUCUGUCUUGUCCAUAUUGCCGUUCAACUUUCAAUGAUGUGGAAAAGAUGGCAGCACACAUGAGGAUGGUUCACAUUGAUGAAGAGAUGGGACCUAAAACAGAUUCUACCUUGAGUUUUGAUUUGACAUUGCAGCAGGGUAGUCACACUAACAUUCAUCUCCUUGUAACCACAUACAACCUGAGGGAUGCCCCAGCUGAAUCUGUUGCUUAUCAUGCCCAAAAUAACCCUCCAAUCCCUCCAAAGCCACAGCCAAAAGUUCAGGAAAAGGCAGACACCCCUGUUAAAAGUUCACCUCAAGCUGCAGUGCCCUAUAAAAAAGAUGUUGGGAAAACCCUUUGCCCUCUUUGCUUUUCAAUCCUAAAAGGACCCAUAUCUGAUGCACUUGCACAUCACUUAAGAGAGAGGCACCAAGUUAUUCAGACGGUUCAUCCAGUGGAGAAAAAGCUCACCUACAAAUGUAUCCAUUGCCUUGGUGUGUAUACCAGCAACAUGACCGCCUCAACUAUCACUCUGCAUCUAGUUCACUGCAGGGGUGUUGGAAAGACCCAGAAUGGCCAGGAUAAGACAAAUGCACCCUCUCGGCUUAAUCAGUCACCAGGACUGGCACCUGUGAAGCGCACUUACGAGCAAAUGGAAUUUCCCUUGCUGAAGAAGCGGAAGUUAGAUGAUGAUAGUGAUUCACCCAGCUUCUUUGAAGAGAAGCCCGAGGAACCCGUUGUUUUAGCUUUAGACCCCAAGGGUCAUGAAGAUGAUUCCUAUGAAGCCAGGAAAAGCUUCCUAACAAAGUAUUUCAACAAGCAGCCCUAUCCCACCAGGAGAGAAAUUGAGAAGCUGGCAGCCAGCUUAUGGUUGUGGAAGAGUGACAUUGCUUCCCAUUUUAGUAACAAGAGGAAGAAGUGUGUCCGAGACUGUGAGAAGUACAAGCCUGGUGUGUUACUGGGCUUCAACAUGAAAGAAUUAAACAAAGUUAAGCAUGAGAUGGAUUUUGAUGCUGAGUGGUUAUUUGAAAAUCAUGAUGAGAAGGAUUCCAGAGUUAAUGCUAGUAAAACUGCUGACAAAAAGCUCCACAUUGGGAAGGAAGAUGACAGUUCCUCAGACAGUUUUGAAAAUUUGGAAGAAGAAUCCAAUGGAAGUGGUAGCCCUUUUGACCCUGUUUUUGAAGUUGAGCCUAAAAUUCCUAAUGAUAAUCCAGAGGAGCACAUACCGAAGGUAAUUUCUGAGGAUGCUUUAGAAUCUGAGAAGCUAGACCAAAAAGAGGUGGAUGGUUCAAAAUAUGAAACUAUUCAUUUGACUGAGGAACCAACCAAACUAAUGCAUGAUGCUUCUGAUAGUGAGGUUGACCAAGAUGAUGUUGUUGAGUGGAAAGAUGGUGCUUCUCCAUCUGAGAGUGGCCCUGGUUCCCAACAAGCGUCAGACUUUGAGGACAACACAUGCGAAAUGAAACCAGGAACCUGGUCCGAUGAGUCUUCCCAGAGUGAAGAUGCAAGGAGCAGUAAGCCAGCUGCCAAAAAAAAGGCUACCAUGCAAGGUGACAGAGAGCAGUUGAAAUGGAAGAAUAGUUCCUAUGGAAAAGUUGAAGGGUUUUGGUCCAAGGACCAGUCACAGUGGAAGAAUGCAUCUGAAAAUGAUGAGCGCUUGUCCAACCCACAGAUUGAGUGGCAGAAUAGCACAAUUGACAGUGAGGAUGGGGAGCAGUUUGAGAACAUGACUGAUGGAGUAGCUGAGCCAAUGCAUGGCAGCUUAACCGGAGUUAAACUGAGCAGCCAACAAGCAUAAGUGGUAGGUUCUCUGGCACCAGUGACCUGCUGUAGCCUGGAACUCUGUUCUUUGAGUAUGGCUGCAAAACUAUAUUCUAACUGGUACUGCCUUCUGAGUGCUGGGUCAUCAGGCUGUAAGGACAUGUGGCCACUGCAGUUCCCAGUGGUUAUUUCUGUGACACGUGAUUGGCUGGUCUGGCUUUAGAACUUGCUGUGGCAGACACAGUAACUAAGUGUAAAAAACGAAUAAGCUGAUGGCUCACUAAUGCACAGGAAAAGCAGAGGUUUAUUUUAUCUGCCUUCGCAACAUUUCUUUCCCUCUGUAAAAUGUUUGAUUGGAUGUCCUUAAGAAGUGUUAUCCUGAUUCACAUGGUAGCAUAGGGCCAACAUACAAGCUACCAGUCCAAUGUGUAUAGUAGACUGGGGAAAUUUGAUUUUUUUUUCACGUAUUCAUUCUGAAUAGUUGAAAUGUAUAUUUGUACAGUCUUUUAGACAUAUUCAGGUAAUGCUUAUGAUAUUGUUAUUGUGUACCCAUGAUAGAUUUGUUUCUUUUUUAGUGUUGCCCUUGCUGUGUAAUAAACGCUGUAUCUAGUUUACCUAGCAAAAGCUUGAAACUAUGCUAGUAUAAACUUUUUAAACAGACUUAGUUUUUGCACAUAACCUUGUACAAUCUUGCAACAGAGGCCAGCCACGUAAGAUAUAUAUCUGGACUCUCUUGUAUUAUAGAAUUUUUCUUGUUCUGAAUAUCCUUGACAUUACAGCUGACAGACAAAAACUGGUAUUUCAGAUGUUUUCUGAAAUCUUUUAAGCUAAAAUCACAUGCAAGAAUUGACUUUGCAGCUACUAAUUUUGACACCUUUUAGAUCUGUAUGAAAGUGUGUUGUGUUGAAGCAGCGAACCAGUGCGUGCUGCAUUUUGGAUAUUUAGUUUUAUCUUUAGUUAAACACCACCUGGUGUAUUCAUUUAUACCAUCUAUGACACACUGUUGUAGUAUGUAUAAUUUUGUGAUCUUUAUUUCCCUUUGUAUUCAUUUUAAGCAUCUAAAUAAAUUGCUGUAUUGUGCUUAAUGUAAA